AUGGAAUCGGCCAUUCCAAGCACAAUAAAGCAGACUAACACUACCAAAACAGUGUCUAAGCAUGUCGCAACCCAAGAGCCGCCGUCAGACAGGCUGGAUAAGGCCAGCUUCUUUGGAGCCACAGCGGGAGCCACAAAGCCACACCUGCAGCGCGAGGAGGCCCGAGAGGGCGAUGACGGAGAUUCUCCCUGUGCCCCUGACUCCACCGAUGCGGUUGUGCCCCUCAUCCGGGGAGUCCUGUAA